AUGACCAACUUUUCGCCAGAGCAGAUGCGGGAGCUCGCCCGCGGCCUCGACCUCUCCGGCAAGAACUUCGUGUGGGUCAUCGCCAAGGGCAGCACCGCCGCGUCGUCUGACCCGUCUACGCCAGAGGCGAACCGUGGGUACAUCAUCCAAGGUUGGGCGCCGCAGGUGCUCAUCCUAAACCACCCUGCCAUCGGCGGGUUCGUGACGCAUUGCGGGUGGAACUCGACGCUGGAGGCCGUGAGCGCCGGCGUGCCGAUGGUGACGUGGCCGCGGUACGCCGACCAGUUCUACAACGAGAAGCUCGUGGUGGAGGUGCUCGGCGUGGGCGUGGGCGUCGGCGCCGAGGACUACGCGUCGUGCUUGGAGACCCACCGGGUGAUCGCCGGCGAGGCGAUCGCAGAAUCCAUCCGGAGAGUGAUGGGGGAGGAGGGCGACGGCAUGGCCAUGCGGAAGAAGGCGAAGGAGCUCGGCUUGAUGGCGAGGGGCGCGGUGGAGAAGGGCGGGUCGUCGUACGACGACGUCGAGCAGCUCAUGGAGGAGUUGAUCGCCCGCCGGAGUUCCGUCGGAUGUACCGCCGAUGGGCAACGGUGA